AUGUUCUUUCACGGUGGAUUGGGCGGUAUGGGUAGAGCUCACGAUGGUCCGGUUGAUACUCGUCUGUAUGAUGUACUUAAAGUCAAGCCUGACGCCAGCGAUGACGACAUAAGAAAGGCAUAUCGCAAACUAGCAAAGGAAUUCCACCCUGACAAAAAUCCCAAUCAUGGAGACCAGUUCAAGGAGAUAAGUUUCGCGUACGAAAUUUUAUCCAAUCCAGAGCGGCGCCGUAGAUAUGACAUUGGUGGGCUAGACGCCAUCAAAGAAGGUGGAGGUGGAGGCGGAUUUGGUGGCGACCUGUUUUCUCAUAUAUUUGGUGACGAUGACGACUCACCUUUCAGCGGGUUCUUCGGGAUGGGUGGUGGUGGACGACGACGAACUCGGCGGAAGUUCCAGGAUACUGUGUAUCCCUUGAAUGUCACAUUGGAAGAAGUCUAUAUGGGUAAAACAUCGAAGCUUCGAUUAUCAAAGAAGGCGCUGUGCACGAAAUGCAAAGGAACUGGUGGAAAAACUGGGCAAUCUUACGAAUGUCACUCUUGUCGUGGUCGAGGAGUAAAGAAUCUUGUACAGCAAAUUGGUCCAGGAAUGGUUCAGCAAAUGCAAGUCAGAUGUAACGACUGUGGAGGGGAAGGUUCACGGAUUCCCGAAUCAGACAAAUGUAGCAACUGCAGGGGUGAAAAGAGCGAGGAAGUCAAGAAAAUUUUGGAGGUAGUCAAUGGUCACGUCGAGUCUGAAUGCGCCAUAACGACAAAAUCACAUUCCCGGGCGAGGGAGAUCAAUCCGAUCCCAGACAUUGAGCCUGGUGACGUGGUCAUUGUCAUACAAGUAAAGCCACAUGAUGUCUUCGAGAGGGAGGGCGACGAUCUCAUCGCGAAAAAAACUAUAUCGUUAAACGAGGCUUUGUGUGGAUAUGAAAUUCCUUUGAAACACCUAGACGGACGUACUCUUAUUCUCAAGAACAAACCGGGCGAUAUAAUCACACCAGAUUGCGUGCGUGGCAUCGUAGGAGAAGGCAUGCCACAAAGGCGUCAUCAUGACAUCCGCGGAAAUCUCUAUGUAAAGUUUGACGUCACAUUUCCUAGUGAUCAUUUUCUCGAAGAUGAGACGAAAUACAAGAUUAUUGAGUCUGCAUUCCCUCCAGUCCGAAAAAUCGCACUACUGAGGCCCGUGUCAUUAAUGGAAUACGAUGAAAAGCGAUACCGUGGAGGAAGAGCAGGUCAAGCUUACGAUGAAGAUGGAUCAGAUGAAGAGAUGGGUGGACAUGCACAUCACGGACCACAAGUUCAAUGUGCACAAAGUUGA